CACUUCGCGAUGAGAGAUCGCAUACAUAACUAACAAAGAAAGAAGGGGGUACAUUGGCGGGUGUUUCGUUGAUCACAAAUUAAUAAACAGAGAAUUGCUCUGUUUCUCUUUUCAUAUUAGAAGAAGAUAUGUUGUGAGACAUCAAGGGAAUAUAACGCGCUGUUGGAUUCUACGGUGUUGUACGGUAGUUACGAACGGAAUCGAACGGUUGUAAUUUUUGAAUCCCUGUUCUUCAAGAUCAACAUGAUCGGGAGUUUCGCCUCUGUUUUCUUGUGGACCGUUUCGUUUAUAACGAUGUCCAUCUCCUACGGAGACUACGAUGAACAGUUGAGAAGUUAUUACGAUAACCUGUACCAAAGAUCUUCUGUCAAAAAGCAACAAAGUGACGGCAAGUCUUCAGGAAUUGUGAAACUCGUUAUGCCUGGUGUUCAUCCAACUAAGCAUGAUUCCUACCUUUGUACUGCUGUGGAUCUUAGGAACAAGAAAGCAUACAUAGCUGGGUUUGAACCUCAUGCUGAAAUGCACACAGCACAUCACAUGUUAUUGUUUGGAUGUCCAACACCAGGGGAAAAUGCUUUAGCAAGUGAAGGGAAAUAUUGGAACUGUGGGGAUAUGGGAUCUGGUGUAUGUAAAGGCAGUGGAGAGAGAAUAUUGUAUGCUUGGGGAAGAAAUGCUCCUGUGUUGAAGCUUCCAAAGGAUGUUGCCUUUGAAGUGGGUGGCAAUUAUCUUGUACUUCAAGUUCAUUAUGGAAAGGUGGACAACUUUGUUGCCAAUCCUAGUCUUAAAGAUUACUCAGGGGUGGACCUACAAACAACAAGAGUCCAACCUAGUCAUUUGGCUGCGAUAUUUCUUUUAGCCUCUGGUGGAACUAUUCCUGCAAAUGAGAAAGCCUGGCAUUUAGACACUGGAUGUGGUUACCGCUAUGGACCCGACCUACACCCUUUUGCUUUCCGGGUCCACGCCCAUUCUCUUGGGAGUGUUAUUACCGGCUACAGAAUACGUGAUGGAAAAUGGACUCUCAUAGGGAAAGGAGAUCCACAGCGGCCGCAGGCGUUUUACCCACUGGAUAAAGAUGUGGAUAUAAAAAGUGGGGAUUCUAUGGCUGCCCGAUGCACUUACAAUUCAACCCAGAGAGACCAUGUAACAUAUAUCGGAGCAACUAUGAAGGACGAAAUGUGUAAUUUUUACAUGAUGUACUGGUAUGACCCAAAACUGAAUGACUUGGGAGGUGUCAGUGUCGAAGACAUGUGUCAGAUUAUUGACGAGAGACAGCUCGACUUCCCGUCAGACUCUGAUGUCCCGUUACCAGGCAGUGGACCAAAAAUGGAGAUGAAAAGAAACCUGGGCGAAAGAUUCUGCGCACCGAAUUGCGAUGAAGAGAGUUCGCCUUUGCUACUUAAAGAAGAUCAGAGUUGGCAAGGAAAUAAGCUGGCUGACGUUAUGAGACGGUCGAGUAAACUUGGUCAAGUUACUGCCGUCGACAUUGAUUCGGAAGGAAAAGUGCUCAUAUUCCAUCGAGCAUCAAGAAAAUGGCAAGCUGAUUCGUUCGAUGAGCACAAUAUCUUCUCCGCUACAAGUGAUCCCAUCCCAGAAUCGACUGUGAUGAAGUUGGAUCCACAAACAGGGGAAGUUAUUGACAGCUGGGGAGAAAGAAUGUUCUUUAUGCCUCAUGGGCUGACCAUCGAUCAAAAGGGCAACAUUUGGUUAACAGAUGUAGCCAUGCAUCAGGUAUUUAAGUUUCCUCCGGGAGAGAAAAAGCGAGCCUCACUGACACUAGGAACACAGUUUGUCCCGGGGAAUGAUGAAAAUCAUUUCUGUAAACCAACCGACGUCGCUGUCGACUCAGAGGGGAAUAUCUUUGUUUCUGACGGAUACUGUAAUAAUCGGGUCAUAAAGUUUUCCCCUGAUGGCAAGAAAGUACUUUUGAUGAUAACGAAUGAAAAAUUACAAGGGCUUGUUCCAAGUAAUUUUGAGAUCCCUCACAGCUUGUCCCUGGACGAGAAGAACCGUCGGUUGUUUGUAGCCGACAGAGAAAACAGCCGAGUGCUACAGUUUGACUCUGUUAACGGUCAUCUCGUUCGCGAAAUCAAAGCAUUUGGGGAAAGAGCUUUUGCCGUACACUAUCAUCCUGAGCAAGGUGGUGUGUUACAUGUGGUCAACGGCCCUUCUUUCUCUGAAGCCCAGGGCUUCACAUUCAUUUUGAACAAAGGCAGUGUAUUACAGCACUGGGAACCAGCCUUGGGUUUUUCACAACCUCAUGAUGUCACUUCAAGUCAAGAUGGUGCUGUGUACGUAGCAGACAUUGGCAGGAACACAGUUUGGAAAUUUAAGCGACAUGUCACCAGUCAAUAAUACCAUAACAAAAGUAUUACGCAGUUUUUAUUUCAAAAUUAUUUUUGGUCACAAUUGUUACUUUGUUAAGAAAAGAAAAUUUACGGUCUCCCAACAGCAAUGUUAUGUAGUCUCUCAAGAGUUACUGACGUGUUGAUGUUUUUUUGUUUUGGUAAUAAUUGAAGCUCGUUAGGUGCUCAUGGAAAAGAGGGGGUGGGGAGGGGUAGAGGUAUAAAGGGGGGGGGACAACCUGCCGGCGGGUGAAAAUUACUCAAUAUGUCAUGUGCGAUGCCACUUCCCCCACCUCUCUUAGGUUGUGAUUGGUCUAUUGGUCAUUACGAAAUUUAAGUUAUUAAAAAUGGUGCUGUGUCGAGUGGCACCCUGUUCAUUUACACGCGCUUGUUUUCUUUCGCAUACAGUUUCACUUGCACUUUUCCUCUCCUUUCCUUUCUCUUAUUUCUUCCUUCCUUUUCUUCUUAUGUUUGUCACAUUAUUGUUGAAUCGCUGAAGUCAAGAUUUAUUGUUACUUUUUCGUUUGUUUUCAUACUCAUUACACUUCAAGCGAAUUUUAUGUUAAAAGAGACGAAUGUAGAUUAUAUUUGAAGUUAAAUUAAGAAGGUAAAUCGUAAGAGAGAAUUUUAAGUUAAAUAAAGAAAAUUUUGUGAAUUCUAAGAAUUCAAAUGCAUCACAAGAAUUCAAAUCUGUAUUCAGAUCAUUUUACUAAAUCAGAUACUUUCUCGUCCCCAGAGCUAUUAAGUUUCACCCAGUCCCCCUUUAAAAUAUCUCGUGACUAAAAUAAACGGGGACUUUGGGAUUGUAUCACGAAAUACGUGGCAUUUCAGACCACUGCAUCGCACUAAAUUGCCAUUACUUAAAUGUUGUAAAACGAGGGUCUACGUAAAAAUUGAAAAAUAAAACUCACCAAAAACUUG